AUGACUGGUCUUCGACCAAGGGGAAACGAGCUGAUUGAAUUUGAACCUGAAAUUGAGCUUAAACUUCGGGAUAUAAGAAGGAAGCAAAGAGAAGAACGAGACGAGCUUAAUAAAGAGGACAUUAAGGAAGACAUGGCUGACCAAGGACAACCUGAAAGAAGACUUCUUGGUGAUUACACAGCGCCAAUAGUAUACAAUGCUCCAUCAUGUAUUGUUCUUGCUCCAGCAACUGGACAAUUCGAGUUAAAGAUACAACAUAUCCAGAUGUUGAACAUGUUCAGAGGAGAUGGCAAUAAUGAUCCAUAUCUUCAUGUGAAGGAAUUCUUUGAUUUAUGUUCCACUUUUCACUACACAGGGAUUUCAGAUGAACAAGUGAGACUCCGUCUUUUCCCGUUUUCAUUGAAAGACAAAGCAAAAGCAUGGCUAAAUUCCCUUCCUCCUCGAUCAAUCACUACAUGGGAUGAGCUGGUUAAAAAGUUUCUUCUUAAGUUUUUUCCAGCUCAGAAAACCAAUGCUUUGAAGAGGGAGAUUCGUAACUUUGCUCAGAACGAAGGGGAACCAUUCUAUGAAUAUUGGGAUCGGUACAAUGACUUGUUUAUUCGCUGCCCUCAUCAUGGUUUUAAUGAGUAUGAGAAGGUCCAAUUUUUCUACGAAGGAUUAACACCUCAAACUCGUCAAACCGUAGAUGCUACGGUUGGAGGUAGUUUGUCGAUGAAGACUUCAGCUGAAGCUACUGAAAUAUUUGAAACCAUGUGUUUGAAUUCACAACAAUGGGACAUAAAUGCAGAAGAGAAAGUAGCAGCCCCUAAACAGCGAGGUGUCUACGAGAUUAAUUCUAACUCAAUUCUUGAGGCGGAAGUGGCAAAAUUGAGACACGAGCUGAAACUACUAGCUGGAAAGAAGGAGAUAUGUGUUAUGUGUUCUAGCACUAUGCAUACUAUUGAGGUGUGUCCACACAAUCCUAUAGGACAAGAAGAAUCUGCAUUUGGAAUAUAUUCACAGAAUAGAGCAGGAUACAAUCCUUAUUCUAACACUUAUAAUCCGGGCUGGAGAGAUCAUCCAAAUUUUUCAUGGAAAAAUCAGCAAGGACAGUUCUCCAAAAUUCCACAACCGCCACAAACACCUGAGCCCAAACAGUCUCCGAUUGAAGACGUACUUGCUCAAUUCAUGCAAGUUACACAGGCUUCAAUCCAGAAACUUGAGAUGCAGAUAGGACAGUUAGCUAAUGUGAUGAGUGAGAAGAAGCAGGGUGAAUUCCCUAGUCAAUCUGAAGCAAAUCCAAGAGGGAGAGAACAAGCAAAGGCAAUUAAAACCUUACGUAGUGGAAAGCCUUAUGACAUAAGAGAUGAAGACCCUGGUGAUAAUAUGGAGGUUACAACAGCUGAAGAUACAGCAGAAAAAUCACCAUCUGUCGAAGCAAGAGAGAGGCAACCAGAAGAACCAAAGCUGGCUGAAAGAACUUCUCCGAAUACAGCACCAGAAGCACCAUUAAAGGAGAGAGUUUAA